AUGGCACCAAUAACAUCGUACAUAAAUUUGAGCCCGCGAAUGGCGGUGCCUAUUAAAACUUAUGUGAAUCGCAAGGAGAUACAGAAGAACAUCAGUAAACUCACCAUGCACCAGACAACUCUCAACCUCUCGAGAGUAAUGCGGAUUACUUUAUCAAACAAAGACCUCCGAAGACUAUAUCAGGAUAUCAAACCCAUUCUUCUGUCUAUAUUACUUGAGUAUUCACCAGAUCACAUAAGGUCCAUAUCUAAACCUACCAGCAGUGGCAAGUGUCGCAUUCCACUGACAACUGACGAUUGGGAAUGUUAUCUGGAAAUCACAGUUGGAGAGAUCGAAGAGCUGCGUCAAUAUUUGCGGUACGAGGUUUUGGGGCAUAAUCUGAGCCAACCCUGGCUUCUAAUCAAAGAUGCCGUGUUCAAAAGGGAGGAAAUGGCUGAUCCAUUAUUGGCUGAAGAGGAAGAUAGCAAAUCGUCAAUAAUCAAGUACCGAAACCCUCAGAUCAUUCCUAUUCCCCUUAGCAUCUACGUUCACGCAACUACGAAAUGA